AUAGCGGUUUGGCUGGCCUGUAACGGCUUGCACGCGCACGCCGCACGCGCGUAACGGCUUGGCUGGCCUGUAACGGCUUGCACGCGCAUGCUGCACGCGCGUAACUGCUUGCUGGCCUGUAGCGGCUUGGCUUGGCUUUGCGUUCUUUGCUUGGCUUGGUGUUGGUCGCUUGGCCUGGUGUUCCUCCUUGGAUUGACGUUUCCUCCUUGGAUUGGCGUUUCCUCUCUCGCGUUCCCUUGCUAGGCUCGACCUUUUCUCUGCUGGGUUUGGCAUUCCCUUGGGUGGGCUGGGUGUUUUCUUAGGGGGGGGGUUGGCCCUUCCUCGGGUGGGCGUGGGCUUUCCCCGGGUGGGUGUGGGUUUUCCCUGGGUGGGGUGGGUUGGGCUUACCUGCUGGGGUUGGCAGGUUUUGGCUGGGAUUGACUUUUCUCUUCAAACAGAUUGGAAAUCCGGAGUUACCUGCUAGUUGGUGAAACUGGUUGGUAGACGUGAUCUGCUCGCUACUACCAGCCUCCCCAGGCUGUUAAAAGCAGAUGGUAGCUGAGGUUGAUUCAAUGCCGGCUGCCUCUUCUGUGAAGAAGCCAUUUGGUCUCAGGAGCAAGAUGGGCAAGUGGUGCUGCCACUGCUUCCCCUGCUGCAGGGGGAGCGGCAAGAGCAACGUGGGCACUUCUGGAGACCAGGACGACUCCACUAUGAAGACACUCAGGAGCAAGAUGGGCAAGUGGUGCCGCCACUGCUUCCCCUGCUGCAGGGGGAGUGGCAAGAGCAACGUGGGCACUUCUGGAGACCACGACGACUCCGCUAUGAAGACACUCAGGAGCAAGAUGGGCAAGUGGUGCUGCCACUGCUUCCCCUGCUGCAGGGGGAGCGGCAAGAGCAACGUGGGUGCUUGGGGAGACUACGACGACAGCGCCUUCGUGGAGCCGAGAUACCACGUCCGUCGAGAAGAUCUGGACAAGCUCCAUAGAGCUGCCUGGUGGGGUAAAGUCCCCAGAAAGGAUCUGAUCGUCAUGCUCAGGGACACUGACGUGAACAAGAAGGACAAGCAAAAGAGGACUGCUCUACAUCUGGCCUCUGCCAAUGGGAAUUCAGAAGUAGUAAAACUCCUGCUGGACAGACGAUGUCAACUUAAUGUCCUUGACAACAAAAAGAGGACAGCUCUGACAAAGGCCGUACAAUGCCAGGAAGAUGAAUGUGCGUUAAUGUUGCUGGAACAUGGCACUGAUCCAAAUAUUCCAGAUGAGUAUGGAAAUACCACUCUGCACUACGCUAUCUACAAUGAAGAUAAAUUAAUGGCCAAAGCACUGCUCUUAUACGGUGCUGAUAUCGAAUCAAAAAACAAGCAUGGCUUCACACCACUGUUACUUGGUGUACAUGAGCAAAAACAGCAAGUGGUGAAAUUUUUAAUCAAGAAAAAAGCGAAUUUAAAUGCACUGGAUAGAUAUGGAAGGACUGCUCUCAUACUUGCUGUAUGUUGUGGAUCAGCAAGUAUAGUCAGCCUUCUACUUGAGCAAAAUAUUGAUGUAUCUUCUCGAGAUCUAUCUGGACAGACGACCAGAGACUAUGCUGUUUCUGGUCAUCAUACUGUAAUUUGCCAGUUACUUUCUGACUACAAAGAAAAACAGAUGCUAAAAAUCUCUUCUGAAAACAGCAAUCCAGAACAAGACUUAAAGCUGACAUCAGAGGAAGAGUCACAAAGGUUCAAAGGCAGUGAAAAUAGCCAGCCAGAGCACCCGAACAUGAUGAAGAAGAAAAUGUCUCAAGAACCAGAAAUAAAUAAGGAUGGUGAUAGAGAGGUUGAAGAAGAAAUGAAGAAGCAUGAAAGUAAUAAUGUGGGAUUACUAGAAAACCUGACUAAUGGUGUCACUGCUGGCAAUGGUGAUGAUGGAUUAAUUCCUCAAAGGAAUAGCAGAACACCUGAAAAUCAGCAAUUUCCUGACAACGAAAGUGAAGAGUAUCACAGAAUUUGUGAAUUACUUUCUGACUACAAAGAAAAACAGAUGCCAAAAUACUCUUCCGAAAACAGCAACCCAGAAGAAGACUUAAAGCUGACAUCAGAGGAAGAGUCACAAAGGCUUAAAGGCAGUGAAAAUGGCCAGCCAGAGAAAAGAUCUCAAGAACCAGAAAUAAAUAAGGAUGGUGAUAGAGAGCUAGAAAAUUUUAUGGCUAUCAAAGAAGAAAUGAAGAAGCACGGAAGUACUCAUGUCGGAUUCCCAGAAAACCUGACUAAUGGUGCCACUGCUGGCAAUGGUGAUGAUGGAUUAAUUCCUCCAAGGAAGAGCAGAACACCUGAAAGCCAGCAAUUUCCUGACACUGAGAAUGAAGAGUAUCACAGUGACGAACAAAAUGAUACUCAGAAGCAAUUUUGUGAAGAACAGAACACUGGAAUAUUACACGAUGAGAUUCUGAUUCAUGAAGAAAAGCAGAUAGAAGUGGUUGAAAAAAUGAAUUCUGAGCUUUCUCUUAGUUGUAAGAAAGAAAAAGACCUCUUGCAUGAAAAUAG